AUGGUCGGGACGUGGACGCGCCCCGGCGCCAUCUUCACGUUUGCCUUUGACGACGAGACGCUGGGGCUGGAGAUGGUGAAGAGGACGGAGGUGGAUAGGGAUGAGCCGAUUUCGUGGAUGGCGUUUGAUCAUGCGAAAAAGAACAUCUAUGGCGCGGCGAUGAAGAAAUGGAGUAGUUUCGCCGUAAAGAGCCCGACGGAAAUCGAGCAUCUGAAGAGCAUGGACAUGACGCAUGAAGUGGCGGCCUCCAGUCCUGACACCAACACGCGCGCAAUCUUCCUCCUGCCCGCGAAGCAGCCACCGUACAACGUCUACGGAAACCCCUUCUACGACCACGCCGGCUACGGCAACGUGUUCUCCGUCACGGCGGCAGACGGGGGCCUGGACCAGUGCGUGCAGAACUAUCCGUACGAGCCCCGGACGGGCAUCCACGGCAUGGUGUUCGACGCCUCCGAGACGUACCUGUACUCGGCCGACCUGAGGGCGAACAAGAUCUGGACGCACCGCAAAGAUGCCGAGGGCAAGCUGACGCUGGUCGGGUGUGUGGAGGCGCCGGAUCCAGGCGACCAUCCGAGGUGGGUGGCGCUGAAUGGGCGGUACCUGUAUGUGUUGAUGGAGGCCGGCAACAGGCUCGCGGUGUAUGUGAUUGAUGAGCAGAGCCACUGCCCGGUGUUUACGGGCUUGACGUAUCCGUUGAUCCCGCCAGGCAUCCCCAACCCCAAAACCAUGUACCGCUCAGAUGUCUGUACCCUCUCGCAUUCGCGCCAAUAUCUCUUCGCGACCUCGCGCGCCAACUCCUUCUCCCUGACAGGCUACAUCGCAGCCUUCAAGCUGGGGCCCGAGGGGAACAUCGAGCGCCAGAUCUGCCUGAACCCGACGCCGACGAGCGGCGGGCACAGCAACGCUGUCAGCCCGUGCGACUGGAGCGACGAGUGGCUGGCCCUGACGGAUGAUCAGGACGGCGGGCUGGAGAUCUACCGGUGGCAGGGGGAGUUUCUGGCGAGGGUCGCGCGGUGUGAGGUGAAGGAGCCGGGGUUCGGGAUGAACGCUAUCUGGUAUGACUAA